GCACGUUAGCUACAGACAGUUACUAAAGCCCAGAGAGGGGACCUGCCUACGUGGGGCCGGAACUGAUCAGGAGCCAGCUAUCUGCAGAACGUAGCGUUUGGCUUCUGUCCCUCCGUUGUUCCCAGCCCGGACGCCACCUCAUGGCCCCCUGGUCUGGCCUCUCGCCCCUCGUCUCAGCCUCCCACCGAUGCCGUCCCCCUCAGAUCCGGACACUAAAAGGUGAUGGGGCCGAGGUCCCACCGUGAUUUCUGGCGAAAAUGGAGCUGGAACGCAGCUGUUUUGAUUACGUAUCAGUUGCUCCCUCUAUGCCUCUUCCAGAAGCCAGGCUCCCUUGGGCACAUUUGGAAAUUCCUUUGGGAGCUGUGCACGCUUCAGCAACUGCAUUCCUGGUUGACUUCCGGGUCUGCAAGCAGAGUGCCUCUGAUCAGGAUCUGGGAGUCUCCUCUCCUCACAGCUGCCAAAGAGAACGAUAUCCAGGCUCUCGUCAAGCUGCUCAAAUAUGAAGCCUGCGAUGUCCACCAGAAAGGAGCCCUGGGGGAGACAGCGCUGCACGUGGCGGCCCUCUAUGACCACCUGGAGGCCGCCAUCGUGCUGAUGGAGGCCGCCCCGGAGCUGGUCGACGAGCCCAUUACCUCUGAGCUGUAUGAAGGUCAGACGGCACUGCACAUGGCCAUCAUGAACCAGAAUGUGAACUUGGUGAAAGCCCUGCUUGCCCACGGGGCCAGCGUCUCUGCAAGGGCGGUAGGCUCAGCCUUCUGCCUCAGUCCCCACAACCUCCUCUACUUUGGGGAGCACCCUUUGUCCUUUGCGGCCUGCAUGGGCAGCGAGGAGACCGUGAGGCUGCUCAUUGAGCACGGCGCUGACAUCCGGGCCCAGGACUCCCUGGGAAACACAGUGUUGCACAUCCUCGUCCUCCAGCCCAGCAAAACCUUUGCCUGCCACAUGUACAGCCUGCUGCUGUCCCACGACAGGCGCAGGGACCACCUGCAGUCCCUGGACCUCGUGCCCAAUCACCAGGGCCUCACCCCCUUCAAGCUGGCUGGAGUGGAGGGCAACACCAUGAUGUUCCAGCACCUGAUGCAGAAGCGGAAGCACAUCCAGUGGACAUGCGGGCCGCUGACCUCCACUCUCUACGACCUCACGGAGAUCGACUCCUCAGGGGAGGAGCAGUCCCUGCUGGAGCUUAUCGUCACCUCCAAGAAGCGGGAGGCUCGCCAGAUCCUGGACCAGACGCCAGUGAAGGAGCUGGUGAACCUCAAGUGGAAGAGAUAUGGGUGGCCAUACUUCUGUGUGCUGGCUGCCAUAUACCUGCUGUACCUGGUCUGCUUUACCACGUGCUGUGUCUACCGCCCCCUCAAUCCCAGGACCCACAACCAAACUGACCCUCGGGACAAUACCGUCCUACAGCAGAAGCUACUUCAGGAGGCCUAUGUGACCCCCGAGGAUCACCUCCGACUGGUGGGGGAGCUGGUGUCCGUCUUCGGAGCUGUGAUCAUUCUGCUCAUAGAGAUUCCAGACAUUUUCCGCGUGGGGGUCACUCGCUUCUUUGGACAGACCAUCCUUGGAGGACCGUUCCAUGUGCUCUUCAUCACCUAUGCCUGCAUGGUGCUGGUGACCAUGGUGAUGAGGCUCACCAACACCAACGGGGAGGUGGUACCCAUGUCCUUCGCCCUGGUGCUGGGCUGGUGCAACGUCAUGUACUUUGCCCGAGGAUUCCAGAUGCUGGGCCCCUUCACCGUCAUGAUCCAGAAGAUGAUUUUUGGCGAUCUGAUGAGAUUCUGCUGGCUGAUGGCUGUGGUCAUCCUGGGCUUUGCCUCAGCCUUCUUUAUCAUCUUCCAGACAGAGGACCCUAACGAGCUGGGCCAUUUCUACAGUUACCCCAUGGCGUUGUUCAGCACCUUCGAGCUGUUCCUCACCAUCAUUGAUGGCCCUGCCAACUACGCCGUGGAUCUGCCCUUCAUGUACAGCGUCACCUAUGCUGCCUUCGCCAUCAUUGCCGCUCUUCUCAUGCUCAACCUCCUCAUCGCUAUGAUGGGUGACACUCACUGGCGCGUGGCCCACGAGCGGGACGAGCUCUGGAGGGCCCAGGUCGUGGCCACCACAGUGAUGCUGGAAAAGAAGCUGCCUCGCUGCCUGUGGCCUCGCUCCGGGAUCUGCGGGCGCAAGUUCGGGCUGGGGGACCGUUGGUUCCUGCGGGUGGAAGACAGACAGGAUCUCAACCGGCAGCGCGUCCGGCGCUACGCGCAGGCCUUCUGCAACCCAGGCUCCGAAGAUGACAUGGAAGGACGGGAGCUGGGCGGCCCGCACCUGUCCCUUCCUGCCCCCUCGGUGUCUCGAAGUACUUCCCGCAGCAGCAUGAACUGGGAGAGGCUGCGGGAAGCAACCCGGAGGAGAGAGGGGAGGGGAAUGAUGACCAUGGCUCUGGAGGAUGGGCAGUGUUGGGAGUACCAGCUCUGAGUGUCUCCGCCCACACUGGUGCCCUGCAGCAUCAAGAAGCAAAGGCUAGACCUCUCAUCUGCCAGGUCCAGAGGGUAGAACACAAUAAAGGGAAACCAAGGAGCAGGCCCACGCCUCAUGGUAAGCACAGGGCCCGGCGCGAAUAAGGACCCAGCUUCACCCACCCUGGCGGCUGCACUGUCUGAGCCAAGCACUUUAAGAAAGGCUUGCUGCCUCGGGCACUGGUCUCCACCCCGGUGUCACAGCUGCAGACAGUGGAGGAGGCUGAGGAAAGGUGUAAUGAGGGGAUGGGUACCGCCUGGCGGGGAAGCCACCUCCUACCUUCCAAUAAAGUCCUUCCUGCUGUCCUUGUGCACCCUCCCCUGCGGUGUGGUCUUCCUGGCCCCGCCUCUCUGCUCCAAGG